UUCCACAGCACAGCGGAGUCGCGCGCUGGCCAAGUGCGACAGGACAGCGCCGUUACUCCCCGAAGAUCCACAGGAAUUGUUUCUUGUCCCUCAUUUGAAUUUAACUUAAUGUAACUUUCAGCUAAAACUUUCUAGGCAUAAAAGAAAGAAACUAUUUUGUACUUUAGGAAGCGCACAGGAUCUGAAGGGGAGAGCUUCGCACCUUUAGAAAGUUUCUCAGGAACUGCUAUUGAAAAUGACAGAAUUCGUCUCGGCAAUGGACACAGAGACAAACUGCCCACCUAAUGUCCUCAAACCAGAGUCAGAUCAAAGUCUUGAUUCUCCUAAGAGCCCGCCUCUGGAUUUGAUCGACACGGGAAAAGCUCUGAAGGUACAAACAACCGCCCCUCACCUGGUCAGCCUUGGUAGCGGAAGACUCAGUGUUGCCAUUACACUGUUACCUUUGAAGGAGGGAGUGACAUGCAUUGGCCGUGAUGAUGCUCCUGUACCUCAGGACAUCACUAUCGAGGGACCUGGAAUUGAGGCGGAACACUGCAAAAUCGAGAACAAAGGUGGGAUCGUCACUCUUGACCCCUGCGGACACCUGUGUUCACUCGAUGGCGUUCCUGUCACCAGACCCACACGACUUACACAAGGUUACACUCUCUGUCUGGGUAAAUCCUACAUCUUUCGUUUUAACCAUCCAGAGGAGGCUAACCGAAUGAAAAGCAUGCUGCCUCAGAAGAGCCCCGUUUCUCCGCUGGUGUACAGCACGGAUUAUCUAAAAUUUAGCAGUGACUUUAGUCACUGCCUAGGUGGAACCAGCACUAGAGGGAUGCGCUCCGUCUCCGAGCUGCGGGAUUUGAUGGACACUUUACAGAAAAAGAAGCAGGCCCUGGAGAACAGCUUGCGCGCCAAUGGUGACUCUAGCCCAUCCUACUUCAGCAUGACACAGUCUCCACCCACCACCCCCAAUCUGUUGUCACCCGUCACUACCUCGUCCCCAAUACCAUCCUAUCAGGAACAAGCCAGGCGGUUGUAUAACUCAGAACGGCCACCACUGGGAACCAAAGCUCCUGUCCAUGCACCUAAAAGUAUGCCCACAUCUCCCCGCUGUUCCGAUCCCCGAGAGCGAGACACCUCACUUCCUUACUCCCGACCCAUGAUGCGUAACCAAUCUCAGGACAGUCUUCUUAACAGUACGUCGGAGAGUCGCCGUACGGCGACCUCAGGUUCUGUGCUCUCAAGUUCUCUUCCACCCACACCAGGGGGCGGAAGUGGGGCAGCCAGCAUGCCCUCCAGUCCCCGCCUGGCUCGCAAAUUCUUUACCCCAGACAUAAGCCACAACGGAGGACUCGAUCCUACUCCACGACAAAGGAAGUAUUCCGCUGGGUCGCUUACAGGCAUGAGCUCACAUAGCCGCUCCUUACCGCGCCUGUAUCGACCUGCCGAUAGCCAGCUCACCCUUCCCUCGACCUAUCGAUCACAAGACGGCCACUCUUCUCGCCAAGCUGGCAUCCCUGAAGCCAACCACCUGAACGGUCAUUCCGAGGUGGUCUGCAUUUCCCUGUCCACCAAACCUGGUGCCAAACACACCAUGGCCCCUCCUGAUGUCACCAUGACCUCAGAAGAGACCACUAGUCCUCGGCAGGCCAAGAAGGUUAGUUUGACGUCUGUCAGCUCCUGUUCCGAUUUGGAUCAGCAAAGUCUACGUGGUCCCUCCCCGGCUCUGGAGUUUAGUUUCGGGGAGAGGAGGCAGUCAUUCGGGAAGGCAGGGAUUGGACCGCAUGGAGGCUUCCGGGAGAGGAAGGGCAGCAUCAGCUCUCUGAGUGGAAAAGAAGAACUUCAAGACUAUCAUCAAAGACAGAGAGACGAAAGACUGCGGGAACAGGAAGUGGAGAGGCUGGAACGUCAGCGUUUGGAGACUAUCUUGAGUCUGUGCUCAGAAUUGGGCCGUGCGGAGCAGAGCAAAACUGGCUCUGCCGUCACAGACUUGGAGAAAAUCAACAAGGAGCUGGAAAAAUUACAAGUGUCAGAUGACGAGUCUACGUUUUCAGAUUCUGCAAGUCUUUCAGCCAGCUUUUCUACUGAGAACGACUACAGGUCCAAAACCAGGGAGUCCCAGGCUAGUGUGGAGAGACAGGUACGGCAGCGGCGGAUCAGUGGACAGAGAGAAAUUAGGGCGGAGUCAACAAGUGUGUUUAGCUCCGCCCCCACACCUUCUUCUCGGUUGAUAAGGACAAACAAGCAGGCACCUGAGGAUGACGCACAGCUGAAGCUGGAAGUGAGACGUAUCGAGGAGGAAAGGAUCCAGGUCCUGAAUAAUAUGGAUGAAUUGGAGCUGAAGAUCAAAGACCUGGACAACCAGAUGGAGGAGUCCAUCAGAGAGCUGGAUGUGGAGCGCGCUCUGUUGGAGGGUGAACAGGAUUCAGAGACAGCUCAACUGCAGCAGGAGAGAGACGCUUUGGAAAAACUUAAGGACAAGAUGGCUGACAUCGAAAACAAAGCACAGACGGAAAAAUCUCAGGACAAAGUCAAGCUAGAUGCGGAGCGCGUAAAGUUAGAGCGCCUGGUGCAUCUGCGAGCAGAGCAGAAGACUCAUUUGGACACCUGCCCUGAAGCCCUGAAAGAGCAACUUCAGCUGCAGUUCAGCAGGGAUGCAGAGACGCUGGAGGCGGAGACCAAGCGUUUUGAAGAUCUGGAGUUUCAACAGCUGGAACGAGAGAGUCGUCAGGAUGAGGAGAAGGAAACACAGACUCGGCAGAUUCUCAGGGAGAUCGCUGAAUUUCAGCGUUGCACCGUCACGAGGAAGGAAAGGCUCCUGGCCCUGAAGAAACAAUGCACGCAGAUUUCCCAGCAGGCUGAAAGGGACAAAGAAAACUUCCUGAAGGAAAAGAGUAAUCUUCAGAUGAUGCUACAUCGGGAAAAGGAGAAUCUCAUCAUUUUAGAGAAGAGAUAUUCAGUGCUCACCGGGACCCUUGGAUUCCCUGUCAGUCCCAGCAGUAUGAAGGAGGACUGCAUCCAAUUGGCUGACGUGUGUCUGCCCCAUAGCAAAUUUUUUUGCCAUGCCCACAAAACCCUGUCUGGCCUUCCUGCCGACCUGCUGAUGUUUUCUUUCCUUCUUUCCUCUCUGUCUAUCAAAAACGCCGAGGGCUAUGUUACAGUCACUGAGAUCAAUGAACUGUACUCUCAACUGGGGGUAGAGCCCACCCCUGCCCCUCUCCCUAACCAAGCCCAGCUCUCCCCUGACGCCCCUGCCACAGGGACUGAGCCCAGUCCUGCAGAGAACACUGCCCCGCCAGGAGAGGGUGAGCUCCUUUCCCCGUCCUGUUCACUUCUUCCCUCUGCCCCUCCGUUCUCUUCCACCGCAUGCUCUCGUCCCAACCUCAAACCUCCCUCUGUGCACUGGCCUGAGGACAUAGCCACCUUCCUCAACCCCUCUCCUCCUCCUCCUCCUCUACCUGCCAAAAAACAGCGUCGCUACAGGCAGCAUUUCCGCACCUUGGAGGAAAGGAAGCGGUAUGGUAAAGAGGGCGGAGCUCAUUUGAGUGACACUCUUCCCAGGAAGAAGACCCAGCCCACUGUAACGCCGCAGUUCACAUGUGCAACACUUGGUCGCAACAUACCCUCAAAAUGUCAUGCACCUUUAACUCAAAGCUCCAGCUGUGGAAGUGUGUUGAAUCGAGCGCUCGCCAUCUCUCCUAAAGAGACACAAGUUGAAACGCACCGCCUGCACAAGGGACACAGUCAGCAGCACAUCAGCGAGGACCACAGAACAAGGUCGAGUAACCUAAGCGGCCGUGCUUCCUCACAGACCAAUGUUUAUCUCGACACCUUCGGUUACCAAGACAACAGCCGUGCCUUUGACACACUGAGCGUGGACAGCUCAGACAGCGUGGAGACCAGCAUCUCCGCCUGCUCACCUGACAAUGUGUCCAGUGCCAGCACCAACGUUUCGAAGAUGGAGGAGAUGGAACGUCUACUGAGAGAGGCUCAGGCCGAUAGAAACAAGCUCCUGGAACACAGGGAGAGAGAGAUGGAGAACAAGAGUCGAGCUCUUGAGGAGGAGAGGAGACGACGAGAGGAGCUUGAAAAGAGAUUGCAGGAAGAAACCAGCAGGAGGCAGAAACUCAUCGAGAGAGAGGUGAAACUUCGCGAGAAACAGCGAGCACAGUCUCGUCCGCUGACACGCUACCUACCAGUAAGAAAAGACGACUUCGACCUUCGCGGCCACAUUGAUUCGGCCGGCCACAACACAGAGACCUGUUUCCACGUCUCCAUCACUGAGAAAACCUGCAGGGGCUUUCUCAUAAAGAUGGGUGGCAAAAUCAAAACCUGGAAGAAGCGCUGGUUUGUCUUUGACCGCAACCGCAGGACGUUGUCUUACUAUGCAGAUAAACAUGAGGCCAAACUAAAAGGAGUGAUUUAUUUCCAAGCCAUAGAGGAAGUCUAUUAUGACCAUUUGAAGAGUGCCCACAAGAGUCCAAACCCUUCUCUGACAUUCAGUGUCAAGACUCAUGAUCGUGUGUACUACAUGGUGGCGCCCUCUCCAGAAGCCAUGAGGAUCUGGAUGGAUGUUAUCGUGACAGGGGCGGAGGGAUACACACACUUCAUGAUUUAGAGGUUGUUCAACAGCAGUGGAACGUGUGCAGCAUGUGGAUUAAAACCAAGAGACUUAUUCCACGCUCUUUCCUUUGCUGGCUUUAGUACUGACCACUUAACGCUAGACUGAUUUUAUCUGUUGCUAUUAUUCUUCUCUUAUCUUUUAUGAUCUAUUUUUGACCUGUUCUCACUCCACGGAGUGUUCUUCUCACCUGCCUUUACCCAACUUGAACUUUUACUUGGCAGCCCAGAGGACGGAGCACAUAUCCUAUAAUUACAAAUGCAAGUGUGUGUCCUGUACGUGUGUAUAAAAUGUGUUAUAUGAUAUUCGGUGCCAAUGUGCCACGUUGUGUGUGGUCUGUUUGUUAGCUUGUGUACAGGGCCUCGGGGACACACACUUUAUAUCCAUAAACAGUUGUCAGCUGUUCUGCCAAAGACGAGAACACACUGUUCACAUGCUGCAGAGAGUUUAUGUAUAGAUGCAUGUGGAUUUAGUGCCUUCAGUUUUGUAUUAUGCUGAUAUUCCGUUAUACUCGAUUUGAUACUCAGAGGUGCUAUACGGCAUACAAAUAUGUUGUUAUAUUCAAGAUGUCCUAAGUUUGUGUUUGAAAGCUGUUCCAACACUUCAGUUAUUCAUUAUAGCAGUCUUCAGUAACACUAAAGCUGCCUGGAAUUCAGGUAUUACACUCCAAAGGUUAAAUACCACUUUCUUUGUUAAAUUUGGGCACACGGAAGCCCAGUUUUUCCGAUAUGUUUGAGAUAUUUUCAUGUUUUAAUCAGUGCAUAAUUUCAAUAUUUAGUGCUUUUUGGCCCAUUUUCAGGCUAUGAUUACUUCUAUUUCGUUUGCAGAAAAUAUUCUGUAGCACCACAUGUGCCAGAUGUCAUCGGACACCAUUAAACCAUGGAAAUUUGGUAAAGAUUGGUUAAGAUUUCCAUUUUCCGGUUAAACCUUUAUUACAGCUCAAACUGGAUUUAAACUAGCUUCGUUACGACCAGCAGGGGGCGACACCUGUAUGAUAUUUAUAUGCUCCACACAAGCCUAAUCUGUGAAUGAUCCUGUGGUAUAUUUUUAAAGAAUUGACUAUCAUGUUCAUAAUCACUUAUGCAAGUAUUUAUACUUUACCGUGCAUGCGCCUUUAUUUUUGCAUGCAGCAAAAUAAAGCAAAUGUAUAUUGUUGUUAUGA